CUGCUGUCCAGCCGGUCGCUGCUGCCCGCCGCGCACCAUGCAAAUUCAACGGCCGCCGGCAGGGGGGCGUUCGGCUCCACCAUGACGACCGGCAACAAAUUCCUCAACUACUCCGGGGACCUCAUGCUGGGGGCGCUCGUGCCCGUCCACCGCAAGGGGCAGCUGGGGACGGACUGCGGGGUCAUCCAGCUCCAGGACGGCGUGCAGACGCUGGAGGCCAUGCUGUACACCGUGGGGAUGGUCAACAGGGACCCCCACCUCCUGCCGGGCAUCAAGCUGGGCCUGCUGGCGUACGACUCGUGCAACAACCCGACCCACGCGCUGGAGCAGUCGCUGGACUUCGUCAAAGGCUUCAUCUCGCACCUCAACGUGUUCCACGAGGACCCCGACUUCACGUGCCCGUCGGGCAGCCCCGCCGUGUUCAGGGGCGGCGCGGACCAGGUGGUGGCCAUCAUCGGGGGGCUGUCCAGUGCCGUCACCAUCCAGCUGGCCACGCUGAUGCACAUGUUCAAGGUGCCCCAGGUGUCCUACAUGUCCACGUCGCCGGCCCUGUCGGACCGCAUGACGUACCCGUACUUCUUCCGCACCGUGCCCAGCGACCUCCACCAGGCGCACGCCAUGCUGGGGCUGCUCAGGCGGCUGGGCUGGACGUACGUGAGCAUGGUGUACACGGACACGGAGUACGGCCGCCACGGCUGGGAGCUGCUCAGCAACCUGGCGGCCAACUACUCGGUGUGCAUCGCCUCGCCCGCGCACCGCCUCGACAAGGAGUACUUCACGGACGACGAGGCCGCCGGCGUGGUGCUCAACCUCAACGCCACCGAGGCCAAGAUCGUGGUCGUGUUCUCGGAGAGCUUCCACUCGUCCGUCAUCACGCUGCUGCGCAAGGCGCGCGACAUGCACGUGCUGGAGAAGUUCACGCUCGUCUUCUCCGACUUGUGGCCCGACAAGUUCAUCGAGCGUCCGGACGAGACGUGGCAGCCCAAGCUGCUGGAGGGGUCCAUCUGCGUGCACCCGGUGUCACGCACCAUCAACGGCUUCGACGAGUACUUCCGCGCGCUCAAGCUGGACCACGAGCGCGUGAACCCCUGGUGGCGAGAGCUGUGGCAGGACUUCUUCGGCUGCCGCGACGAGGACAACCCGAAGGGACACUGCAACGACCCCCGCGCCACCGUCGCCAGCCUCAACGACAUCCGCGGCUCGCGGGAGGACCUGCAGCAGGCGCGCUACCUGCACUUUGUCCGCGACGCCAUCUGGGCCGUGGCGCAGGCGCUGACGGACCUGCACCGCGACCGGUGCCACGGCGAGCCGGGGCUGUGCCCCGCCAUGCGCCACAUCCAGGGCAGCACCCUCAGGGACUACCUCAAGAGGGUCAAGUUCAAUGACGUCAACAAUCAGCCCUUCACCUUCCAGAACGGGCGUGACGGCCCGCCGCGCUACUCCGUGCUCAACUACCACCACGACGACGACGCCGCCGAGCCCGGGAAGUACCUCUGGCACCCCGUCGGCGACUACACGAUGAGCCAGGACGAGUCGGGGCCUGCGCUGCACGUCAACAGCAGCAAGAUCCGCAGCCGCGGGGACGCGCCGCUGCAGUCCUCCACCUGCACGCCGGUCUGCGAGGCGGGCCACAUCAGGACGCGGGUCCGCGACGCGUGCUGCUGGCGCUGCCGGCGGUGCGGCGAGUUCCAGGUGCGCCACAACGACUGGACGUGCGAGGACUGCCUGCCCGGCCACCGCCCCACCGCCAACCACCAGGAGUGCGUCAAGGUGCCCGAGGAGCACAUCGGGUACAGCCACCCCUGGGCCAUCGCCGCCAUGGCCGUGGCCAGCUUCGGCCUGGUGGCCACGGUGCUGGUGUCCAUGGUGUUCUGGACGCACCGCGACACGCCCGUCAUCAAGGCGGCGGGGCGCGAGCUGUCGGCGCUCCUGCUGGUGGCGGAGCUCGCCUCCUUCCUGGUCACCUUCGUGAUGGUGGCGCCGCCCUCCAGCACCACGUGCGGGCUGACCCGCUUCUCGCUGGGCUUCUGCUUCACCAUGUCGUACGCCGCCGUGCUCACCAAGACCAACCGCAUCGCCAGGAUCUUCAACCAGUGCCCCGGCGCCGGUCCUAAGAAAGCCCGGUACACGUCGCCGGGCUCGCAGCUGGUCAUCACGGCGCUGCUCACGUCGGUGGAGGCCCUGAUCAACCUGGCGUGGCUGGCGUACGAGCCGGCCGACGUGCGGGACCACUUCCCCAGCAGGGACGUGCGGCAGCGGAUCUGCGCCGGGCUGGACGACACCUCCUACCUGGUGGGGCUCGCCUACCCACUAGUACUCAUCGGACUGUGCGUGGUGUACGCCGUGAAGACGCGCAAGUGUCCCGGAGGCUUCAACGAGACGAGGCACAUCGCCUUCACCACGUACACCGUCACCAUCAUCUGGCUGGCCUUCGUGCCGCUGUACCUGGCCUCCACGUCCACGGCCAUCCGCACCGUCACGCUCGCCAUGUCCCUGUCGCUGAGCGGGCUGGUGCAGCUGAGCUGCCUGUUCUGCCCCAAGGUGUACAUCGUGAUGCUCAAGCCGGAGAAGAACACGAAGGAGGUCGUGAUGAUGAGCACGUGCCACCGCACUCAUGGCUCGACGGGCACCCUGCCCGCGCACCACCUCACCACCAACCCGCUCAUGAAAGCGCGGCACGAGGCUCGCAGUCCGUGCGCGUCGGAGCUGGGCUCCGACAUGUCGCGGGCCAUCACGGCCUCCCUGGCCGACCACGACGAGGAGUCGUCGUGUCACGGACACUAGACUAGACACUGGUGCCGCAGACCGCGAGCCGUGUCAAAGACAACGCUCCGUCCUGAGCGAGCGUCAACGCCACCCUAGUCACUACCCCACCCCGCCACUGCAGGAUAGACUCAAUUUUGUUAAACCAAGUGAGACUGCCGUUGAAGAGGAGUACUAAGUGAGUGUUUCCUGCACCUGCUUCGCAAUGUCUGCAGUGAAGGUACGGCACUUAAUCCCUAAAAGAAACAACUACUAUACUUAGAUCAGUAACUUUGUGAUCUCAACUGUUAUUUCAGAGGUAAGGAUAAGCAUUUUAAUAAUAUAUUGUAUGUCUGGACAGAGGAAUGCUGGCUUUUGUUGGUGCAAAUGUUCUUUUUUUUUUUUUUGAGUUGUGAGUUUUGAUAAAAGAGUUGUUAUUGCAUUUGCCAAAGAAAAAUAUAGAGCUUUGCUAAAGGAUAAUAAUGUAAACUGCCUGCAUUUCCAAAAAUUUACUUAUUAUGCUCCCCUAUUGAUUGAUGUGUAUGAAUUUUUAUUUGCCUAGUCAGUAAAAAUAAGAGAUUAAGAUUGUUUUAUUAUUAUUAUUAUUUAUUGGAUGCACAA